AUGUCUGAAGAAGUGACCUACGCGACACUCACGUUUCAGGAUUCUGCUGCAGCAGGAAAUAAUCGGGAUAGAAAUAAUCUAAGGAAAAGAGGGUAUCCAGCUCCAUCCCCUGUAUGGCGUCAGGCUGCCCUGGGUCUGCUAACUCUUUGUCUGAUGCUGCUGGUUGGGCUGGUGACCUUGGGGAUUAUGUUUUUGCAGACAUCUAAUGAAUUUAACUCAGAUUCAGAGAAACUGAGUCAACUUCAGAAAAUCAUCCACCAACAGCAGGAUAACUUAUCGCAGCAGCUGAGCAACUACAGGAACUUUCCCAUGGAGAAGGAAUUUCUCAAAUCACAGAUCUCCAGUCUAUUGAAGAGGCAGGGAAAAAUGGCCAUCAAGCUCUGCCAAGAGCUAAUCAUUCACACUUCAGACCAUAAGUGUAAUCCUUGUCCAAAGAUGUGGCAAUGGUACCAAAGCAGCUGCUAUUAUUUUGUGACGAAUGAGGAGAAAACCUGGCUUAACAGUAGGAAAAGCUGCAUGGACAAGAACUCCACACUGGUGAAGAUAGAUAGCCUGGAGGAAAAGGAUUUUCUGAAGUCACAGCCAUUACCGAAGUUUCCUUUCUUCUGGUUGGGAUUAUCAUGGGACCUAACGGGCAGAAGAUGGCUAUGGGAGGAUGGCUCCAGCCCGUCUGCAUCCUUAUUUAGUAUAAACGAAUAUGCCCAGAUCAAUGGAUCCAAAGGCUGUGCUUAUUUUCAAAGGGGGAAUAUUUAUAUUUCCCGUUGCAGUGCUGAAAUUUCUUGGAUGUGUGAGAAGUCAGCUGCAUUAGUGAAGAUUGAAGACGUGGAUUAA